AAUAUAUAAAACUGGAUAAAUAUUAUUAAAUUUAGCUCUGUCUGUCCGUACGCUGCAUCACACGCUCCCCCCACCCCACACGACGGUCGCCGCCAUCAAUUCCUCCUUACGUGUCCUCUUCCUCUUCCUCCUCCUCUUCCUCUCGCCACACUCCUCCUCCUCCUCCUCCUCCUGCUGCAACUUUUUUUCUAGAUAUCUCCGCGAUCGCCGACGGCGCGGCGAGUGGGGGACCUCGGGUUAGGGUUCUCGGCGGCGGUCUCCGACGUGGGUCGUCUCGUUUUUGUUCUCGUCCCGGUAGCGUCUGUAUGGUGUUUGGUGGGUGAGGGUUGGGAGGUUUUGGUUUGGUUUGGUUUGGUUUGGUGGGUGCGGGAGGAGGGGAGGGAAGAAGGGAAGAUGUAUAUGGGGUCGAUGCGCAAGUCCUUCAAGGACUCUCUCAAGGUGCUGGAAGCCGACAUCCAGCACGCCAACACGCUGGCUUCAGAUUUUCCGAGGGAGUAUGAUGGUGCCUGUCUCCAAAUGAGAUUGUCGUAUAGUUCAGCUGCACACCUCUUUCUCUUUCUUGUGCAAUGGACAGAUUGCCACCUUGCUGGUGCCCUUGGGUUCUUGAGGAUUCUUAUUUACAAGGUUCAUGUCGAUGGCACGACAACAAUGUCUAUUCACGAGAGAAAAGCAAGUGUCAGAGAGUUCUAUGCUGUAAUUUAUCCCUCUUUGGUACAACUUCAGAGAGGCAUUACAGAUGCUGAAGAGAAAAUGCAGAGGGCAGUUUGCCUGGAGAGAUACCGCAAGAGAGAGGAAAAGGAACAUAUACGGCGCUCAGAUGUAGAUGCUGAAAGGGAAGACGAAUGUGGAAUAUGCAUGGAGCUGAAUAGAAAAAUAGUACUGCCUAACUGCAACCAUGCUAUGUGCUUGAAAUGCUACCAUGAUUGGAGAAUGAGAUCACAAUCAUGCCCUUUCUGUCGCGACAGUUUGAAGAGAGUGGACUCUGGUGACCUCUGGGUACUUACUGACACCAGGGACAUAGUAGACAUGCAGACAGUAACCCGGGAGAAUCUUAGGAGGCUCUUCAUAUACAUAGAUAAGUUGUCGCUGAUAAUUCCCGAUACCCUUUUUGACACCUAUGAUUCUCACCUCAGGUGAAUGGCACAACUCGAGCUACUUCUUUGCACAGUUUUCUUUUAAUUUCUCCCCUUAAUAACCAAUUCGGGGUUAGUUUUCUUUUUUCUUUCUAAUGAGGCCAGCCUAAGCCAGCCUAAGUUAUUGUGGGCUGGAUGGCCUUAAGUUCAUUGCAAUUCUAUGUAUAAACUCCUUGCAAGAUGAACUUAACACUUGUGUAUAUAUGUUUGUAUAUAUUGAAGUUCCUCGAAAGGUACAUGCCUUUCCAUUUUAAA